GAAUGAGGAAAUUUCCAAAAGGAAAUUCCCAAAUAAGAUCUUUCUUAAACUAAUUUGAAGGAGGCGGCUUCUCUUUCUUUUUUCUAUUCUAUUCUUCUUUUUCCCUACUAGUGAUGAUGGCACAUAGGUGACAAGGCAACGGCCAUUUCCUUCUUCUUAUAAAUACUGAGUUGAGGAGUCAAUUUAGACAUAUCUCAUUCAUAGCAGAUUAGCUGAUUCAGUAGAUCUUUACAAGCAUAUUUUCUUGCUUUCAUUUCUUACUCUCAAUAGGGAGUGGUGGAAAAGGAGAGCAAUUUUGUUUGGUAAGAAGGAAAGAUUGAGAAAAAAUGGAGGGAAAGUCUAAAGGGUAUCAAGCCUCCUCUUUCGUUGCUGAUCUUUUUGAUGUCAAGGAGGCGCCAUUGUCUUCCGCAUCAGGUGCUUUUGCAACAAUCUUUCCAUCUCCACAGAAGGGAGCAGGUAGGAAUUCUUCUAGCUCUGUGGAUUGGCUAAAACAGACCAAUGGAAGUCAACCACAUCACACCCGACAAGGGAAUUCAGGAGGGAGCUUGGAGCCUUGUCAUCUGAGUUCAUCUCUAUACUAUGGAGGACAAGAUGGGUAUUCUCAGGCCACAUCAGCUGGACCAUCCCCACUUCCACCCCCACCCCACACUAUGAAGAAAAGUGGGGGUCAACAAGAUGAUCCAAAUGGAAACAACUCUCAACCUGCUUCUAGGGGAAAUUGGUGGCAAGGUUCUCUUUAUUAUUAGAACGUCUACCUUGCCUUGGUAGCGCAUGAAUUCCCACCUAUUUUCUAAGUUUUUUUCAAUGCAGGAAUUCAUAAAAAGCAGCAGAGCACAGAUGAAGCUUUGAAGUUGGGUAUUUGUUUUACAUUACAUAUUGUGUAUACCAUUUCAAAUUUCCUGUUUGGUUUUUACUUACAUUUGAAAAUGGUGUGGAGUUCUCUGUAUUUUCUUUUCUCUGAUUUCUCUUAUAUUAAAAAAGAAAAAAAAAAAGAAGAAAGCUUUGCUGUU